AACUGUGCCGGCGCAGUCGGGUGGAGUUGGAUGAAGUUGUUUUCUGACCAAUUGAUACCUCGUUUUGGCCUUGAAUCAGUGUUUAAUUGAUCCUAUCAAGUAAAUGAUUUUCUGCCAGUGUCUUUGGCUAAUUUUCAGCAUGGCGACAGCAACUCCGGACCGGCAGCAGAGCACUCCAAAAGGACGGCCCCAGGGAAAAUCUCCGAGGACACCAUCGUCUGCCACUACGGUCGGAGCUUCCCGGGUGCAUGACAUGGUCCGCAAAAUUGUCGACAUGUACCAAAAGUGGCAAAUCACGGUCCAAAAAGGUGCUCAGUAUUGUAAUGCCAUUGAAGGUGUUAAAAAGGGUGUAUUAGAAAGCAAAGGCGAUUCUGUUGACCCUUUUCCGGCUAAUUUGGAGCUUUACUGCAAGAAUUUGGCUAUUUUAAAUACUAUUUUGGAUGAUGUGAUACGAGAUCUGGAGAGAUCGAUCAAAAAGCUGAGGUUGGAGCAAACCGGGUUGGAUGACGGUGUUAUCGGCAGGACGUGGAAUCUACAGAAGCUGAUAAGCGUGUUGGAAGACGUUGGUGGGUUAUUCAAAAAGCAACUUGAACUGAGGAAAACUAUUGCUGAGAACAUUGGACAUUGCAUUACACCGGCGGAGUUGGCAUUACAUGUAGUGUUUUGGGAACAACUUUCCAGUCAAAAUGGCUACCUGAGCGUCUAUUUUGAAAUGAUGAAAUGUGAAUUUAAUAUUGAUGAAGGCAUGAGGGCAUGACAUUAGAUGUUGUUUGAGUUUUUACAAUAAAAAGACUGUUUUUGUUA